UUUUUUUUUUUAAUUAAUUAUUUGCCGUUGCGGGGAUCCAGUUGGGUAAUGGAAUCUAGCCUCCCAAGCGAGUGAAGGCAGUAGAAAAACGGUGGCGGGAGAAGAACGCGUAUUCUUCCUCUCUUGCCAUCUCUCUCAUAGAAGAAGAGAAAAGAGAAGGAAAUCAUAGAGAUUCGAGGGCACAGGCACUGUGGGCGAUGUCGAAGCCACUUUCCCGGUGGUCCACCGACGGUGGGCGGAUCAUUGGCAUCUCCGACAGAGACCCUUUCGAUCAUAAUUACUCGAAGAAUUCUGCUGAGAAUGGUGUCGGGCACGAGGCCGGAGCUUGUCAGAGCCGGCAGGGGACAGCGCUUCCUUUCGUCAAGCUAGGCUUGGCCCUUGUCAUGGCGCUUGCCCUCUUCGGCUCCCUUUAUUGGACCAUAUCCAUCUCCACCUUGUCUCAGGUUCACAUCUUCCGGGGCUACCGCCGUCUACAAGAGCUUCUCGUCUCAGACCUCUCGGAGAUUGGUGAGCUUUCACUUGGUUCCACCAAGUUGAGGGAGCUUAAAUUCUGCUCAUCUGAGUAUGAGGAUUAUGUCCCAUGUUACAACAAUGUUUCGGAGAGUCUGGAUUCCGGCGAUCCAGAUAGAACAAUUGAGUAUGAGCGCAAGUGUGUUCGGGAGUCUGCCGAGGAGCAUGGCUGUUUAGUUCUGCCACCGAGGAAUUAUAGAAUUCCCAUUAGGUGGUCCAGUGGGAGAGACUUCAUUUGGAAGGAGAAUGUGAAGAUCACCGGGUUCGAGUUCUCCUCUGGGAGCUUGACAAAGAGGAUGAUGGUGGAAGAGGAGCAGAUCUCAUUUCGCUCGGAUUCCCUCAUGGUUGAUGGAGUGGAAGAUUAUUCACAUCAGAUAGCGGAGAUGAUUGGGCUGAAAAAUGGGUCUAAUUUUAAUGAAGCAGGGAUUAGAACUGUCUUAGAUAUAGGGUGUGGCUUUGGUAGCUUUGGAGCACACCUCAUCUCCAGACAGUUGCUGACUAUGUGUAUUGCCAACUAUGAGCGCUUUGGAAGUCAAGUCCAAAUUACUCUUGAAAGAGGCAUGCCUGCUAUGAUUGGUUCUUUUGCAUCAAAACAGUUGCCAUAUCCAUACCUCUCUUUUGAUAUUGUGCAUUGUGCAAGAUGUGAGAUUGACUGGGAGAAGAAAGAUGUUACAGAUGGUAUUUUCUUGAUCGAAGUUGACAGACUCUUGAGGCCUGGAGGUUACUUUGUCUGGACCUCACCUAUAAAUACUCAAAGACCACUGCAUGAUAAAGCUAAUCAGAAGAAAUGGUCACUUAUUCGUGAUUGUGCUGAGAAACUCUGCUGGGAUAUGUUGUCACAGCAAGAUGAGACAAUUGUAUGGAAAAAGACUACCAAUAAGAAAUGUUAUAGUUCUCGGAAAUCUGGACCUCCCGUGUGUGACAGAAUUCACGAUCUUGAGUCUUUAUAUUACCAACCACUCAAGCCUUGCAUGGCAGGAGCUGGAAGUCAGCGGUGGCUUCCUAUUGAAUACCGGACACCAUGGCCUUCUCAAGCUACAUUAAACUCCAGUGAACUUGGCAUCUAUGGCUUACAGUCAAGGGACUUUGCAGAGGAUGCAUUGAACUGGAAAUCUGUGGUUCAUAAUUAUUGGUCUCUUCUUUCACCUCUAAUAUUCUCAGAUCAUCCAAAGCGACCUGGUGAUGAAGAUCCUUCCCCACCCUUCAACAUGCUUAGAAAUGUACUAGACAUGAAUGCUCGGUUUGGCGGCUUUAAUGCUGCUUUAUUGGAUGCUGGGAAGACUGCAUGGGUUAUGAAUGUAGUUCCCACAAGUGGUCCCAACUACCUUCCUCUUAUCUUUGAUAGGGGAUUCGUUGGUGUUCAUCAUGAUUGGUGUGAAGCAUUUCCAACAUAUCCAAGAACAUAUGAUAUGGUGCAUGCUGAAGGAUUGCUAACACUCGAGACCCAUCAACAAGACAGGUGUUCGAUGCUUGAUAUAUUCCUGGAGAUAGAUCGGAUUCUUAGACCUGAGGGUUGGGUAAUACUUCGUGAUACAGCUCCUCUCAUUGAAGCAGCCCGAUCUGUUAGAACACAGUUAAGAUGGGAUGCACGCAUGUUGGAGCUCAACAAUAACGGCGAUGAGAAACUGCUAAUUUGUCAGAAGCCUUUCUUCAAGAAACAACAGUAAUAGAGAGGAUUCACCAUAUUUCGUUUUUCCCAUGAUAUAUGGUAUUCGAUUAUAUCGUGGAUGGUAAUUGUCAUAAACUCACAUCAUAAAGGGAUAUCCACUACAGUUAACAAGGAAGAAGGGAGAAGAAUUUGUUGGCGGAUUUGACCUCAUUCAAAUGUGGAACCGCAAGGUGUCCAUGGAUCAUGUAAGUAAGAAAAAGCAGGUUGGAGAGUAAAGGGUACAUUCAUUUUUGUUGGUGAAAAGGAUAUGAUGACGAAGGUUUGCAAGUGAUUAUUAGAUUGUUAAAAUGAUGAAGGUUUGCAAA